GGAGGGUGUUUUGACGUGUCAAGUCCACGUGAAGAAGUGAUUGUGCGUGAAAUUUGCCUUUUUCUCUGCUAAAAUCGCAUUUAUUUGCCUCAAAUAUGGGUGAUAAAAGUGAUGAGCUGUUCAGCAAUCUGAAUAAGAUGAACGACAUUGCGAUGGAGUUGGAGAAUGAAAUACGGUGCAUGAGUGAUGUUGGCGCAUCGAGUGAAGAUGAAGAACUCACAAGACUCGUCGCCGAGAACCAGAGUCUGAAGCAUCGACUCCACAUUCUCAAUAAGGCAAUCGGCGAGUACAAGCCCACCGAUGAAGUGAAGGUGAAUAGCCAAUUCUCGAUACUUAAUCACCUGACUGACAUCUUCAGGGACGCGCUGAGUCGUCUCUAUGAUGGCGAGUUUGUCCAGAAUGUCACUGUGGCGGCGACGAACAAUGCAAAGUUCGGCGACUAUCAGUUCAACAGUGCCAUGACCAUUGCCAAGAUCUUCAAGGAUCGCGGCGUGGGGCGGAACCCGCGCGAGAUCGCCAUGGAGGUGAUGGCACAAGUGCAGAAGAGUGAGAUUGUGGAGCGAUUUGAGGUGGCGGGCGGCGGCUUCGUCAACAUCUUCCUCAAGAGGGAAUGCGUGGCGGGUCUAAUAAAGAGCAUCUUGGUGGACGGCAUCCAGGCACCUUGUGCGGCGCGAAAACGGGUUGUGGUGGACUUCUCGUCGCCCAACGUCGCCAAGGAGAUGCACGUGGGUCAUCUGAGAUCAACGAUCAUCGGUGACUCCAUUUGCCGUCUGCUGGAGUUCUUCAACCACGACGUCCUGCGCAUCAAUCAUGUGGGCGACUGGGGAACGCAGUUCGGCAUGCUGAUUGCGCACUUGCAGGACAAAUUUCCCGACUACACGAAGACAACGCCGUCCAUCAGCGAUCUCCAAGCGUUCUACAAGGAAUCCAAGGCGCGGUUCGACAGCGAGGAGGCCUUCAAGGCCAGGGCGUAUGCGUGCGUGGUGAAGCUGCAGGCGGGCGACAAGGAGAUCAUCAAGGCGUGGCAGGACAUCUGCAAUGUGUCCAGGAAGGAGUUUCAGGUGAUCUACGAUCGCCUGGGCGUGAAGUUGAUUGAGCGGGGAGAGAGUUUCUACCAGCAGAGGAUGGUGAAGAUCGUGGAGGAGCUACAGAAGGGUGGAUUUCUGGAGGACGACGAAGGCAGGAAGAUCAUGUGGAGCUCUGAGAGUUCGGGUGAGAAUAGAGGCAUCCCACUGACCAUCGUGAAGUCCGACGGCGGCUACACGUAUGAUACGUCGGACAUGGCGGCGAUUAAGCAGAGGUUUGUGGAGGAAAAGGCGGACUGGCUGAUUUAUGUGACGGACGCCGGCCAGUUCACUCACUUCCAGACCAUCUUUGCGUGCUCGGAGCGAACUGGUCUCAUUAACAAGGAGCUGCACCGAGUGGAUCAUGUUGGCUUCGGGGUGGUGUUGGGUGAGGAUGGGAAGAAGUUCAAGACCCGCUCUGGCGACACCAUCAAGCUGGUGAUGCUGCUCGACGAGGGACUCCAGCGCUCGCUGGCGAAGCUGCGGGAGAAAGGACGACAUGAGCAAUUAACGGCGGAUGAGCUGAAGAUUGCCCAGGAAGCCGUUACGUAUGGAUGCAUUAAGUAUGCUGAUUUAUCGCACAAUCGCGUCAGCGAUUAUGUAUUCUCAUUCGAUCAGAUGCUGGACGACAAGGGCAACACGGCGGUUUAUCUUCUCUAUGCAUACACACGAAUCAAAUCCAUCGCGAGGAAUUGUGCUGAACACUUCAAGUUGACUGAUGAUCUCGUGCGCAGCACAGCAAUUGCUCUGGAUCACGAGAAGGAGUGGAAUUUGGCCAAAGUGCUGCUCAAAUUCAGUGAUGUUCUGCUGAAACUGUCUAAGGACUUCCUGCUGAAUCACCUCUGUGACUUCACGUACGAGAUUGCGACAUCCUUCGCGGACUUCUACGACAAGUGCUACUGCAUCGAGAAGAAUAAGGCCGGCGAGAUCGUGAAGAUCAAUCACAGUCGAGUUCUCCUGGCUGAAGCCACAGCGCGAAUGCUGGAGAAGUGCUUCCACAUUCUCGGCAUCAAUCUGGUGGAGAAGAUGUAAAGUCCGAAGAGGGAUCAAUAAACAGUUUGUGUGAAUUCUCGGGAAGUUUAUUGGCAAAAUUAAGGGGAUGAAUAAAUAAUAACUUAAGAACACC